AUGUCACUGGGGCCCGCGCAAAACCUCUUCUUCACUUUUGCCCUUUACCUCCCCUCGAGUCUCGUGCCAGCACCAGUCGUCACAGACUCGAGCCUGGACGUCACAUAUGUCGGUACUUGGUCCGCUGACUUUGCGGUGGAACACUUCCAUGGCAUCUUCUACGCCAAAGACACCUCCGGCCCAAAUCGCUUCGCCCCGCCAGUGCCCUUUGUCCCGACCCCAGGCUCUGUCAUCGAUGCCACGGCCCCAGGAGCAUGGUGCCCUCAAGGCACCGGCGACGUGCUGCCUUUCACUUCGCGUGUAACAAACACCACUAGACUUCGCGGCACAACGUCCACUGCAAGGCUACCUGUUGUAGUAUGGAUCCACGGUGGUGGGCACGCGCUGGGUUCGGGGGAGGAGAUCCUGUACGAACCCGAUGGCCUCCUUCACCAGGCGGGCUUAGACGGCCAGCCUCUUAUAUUUGUGGCGAUCAACUACCGACUUGGCUUCUUCGGCUUCGCGACGAGCCAAGCUAUGAUCAAAGCCGGGCAGACAAAUGCCGGGCUCCGGGACCAGCGGGCAGCGCUCGAGUGGGUGCGUGAUCACAUCCACAGCUUUGGCGGUGAUCCUGCACGAGUGACAGUUAUUGGCCAGAGUGUAGGCGGAAGCGACAUCGGCUUGCAGAUGACUGCAUUCGGCGGUGCUGAUGGCGUGCCGUUCCAAAAGGCCGUUAUGAUGUCCGGCGCGCCAGGGCUGAAUUUUAACACCAUGUCGAGCCUUGUGGCAGACAAUACAGCCAUGAUCGCACAGCAGGUGGGGUGCAUCGAGGACGGACAAGAUUCCCAGACAGCUGCCGUCAUGUCAUGUCUGCGAGAAGCUCCCUUCGACGUCCUGACGAAUCUCUCCAUCACUGCGAUGCGAUCGGCGAGACCUCCGUUCGGCGAGGGCUUCUUUUCCCCUACACAUGACGGAGACUUUAUCCGAGAUCGCCCUUCCAAUCUCAUCCGGGAUGGAAAGGUUGUCAAAUAUAUUCCCACCAUCGCUGCGUGGGUGACCAACGAUGGAGCUUGGUACGCACCGCCAACGACUGCAACAGACGACGAUGUAGUCAACAGCUUUACCCUGUGGCUCACGCUGUCCCAGUCCACCAUCAAGAAGCUCUUGGAGCUAUAUCCCAUAUCUGACUUUGAAUAUAUUUCUCAAGGGCAAGGAGUUUCUCCACAGUACUACCGUGCUGCGCAGAUCAACCGUGACCUCUGGUUUACGUGCCCUGUGCUGGACUUUGCGUGGCAGUAUGGUCGGCAUAACGGCAACAACAUACGCCUCUAUGAGCAUAAUGCGACACGAUUUGCCCCAUCUUAUGCUCUUAUGGGAGUUCCCAUGUGGAAGGUCGCUCAUCUAAGUGACAUACCAUAUGUACUGAACAGCCAAAGCCUCGGCGGAGGUGCCGAUAACUCGGCGGAUGAGCUAGCACUGUCGGUAGCCGUCAGCAGGAAGAUCAUUGAAUUCAUCACUUCAGAAGCACCUGAAAUGGAAUGGUCCCCAGCGUUCUCGGGGACAGGCGAGGAUAAAGUCCGGGACAAGUUACCGAGCGAGAUCUCCAUGCAGCUGUUCGGCGGUCCAUAUGGGAACAGACAGGUGACCGUUCGGGAGCAUCCAGGGGAGGGCGAUGAUUCAGGGACAGGGGCUGAAAGAGCAAUCGCAUGGGAAAAGCUGUUUCAGAGGUGCAAUUUCAUCAACAGCGCUGAAGUGCGGAGUGAGACAUCUGUUUAA